AUGCACCUGAUAAGCCAUUACGUCGAAGCCAUCCGUCGUGCGGGCCCACCCAUACACUACGAUGCCAACAUUUCCGAGUUCUUCCACAAGGACCACAUAAAACGGCCUUAUCGUGCGUCCAACAAACGUGAUGUAUCAGGGCAACUUGUACGCGCAGAGGAGACCAGACUUGCGGUGGAUUAUCUUGGUGCGUCGGAAGUGACAGAGACGCAUUACAACACCGCUAUGCGAGAGGCAAUGGCCACUGGCAGGCGCAUCAUGGGACGAUCCGCAUGGCCUUUAACUGUCUUGAGAGGCCGUCGUGAGGCACCGUUCGUAAGUUUCCCAAUUCCCUCAAGGGUGCGUGACGAGAGAUACGUCACUGCAUUGGGCGACGACCUCCGACACCUAAGGCAAGCCCUUAACCGAUUCUCAGAGGCCACAAAGAACGCAACUACCAUUCAUGUGCACAAUGAGUUGGGCAUUCCUCCUGCUACGCACCCAUCGUUUAGAGCCGUGCCACAUCGGUUACGUGCCGUGCCUGUGUUUCACGGACGUGGCUGGUUUUCCGACGUAGCCAUUCAUGGCUCCGGUGAGUGGUACGCGAAAGUACUCCUCCUGUUUCACAUCGGGCAUGGGAGGGAUCGGCGAGACUAUGCCUUUAUCAAGUACUACGACGAACUUCCAGACCCCGACGAGAAGACCCAUUGCAAGCAGCUCAAGUGGGCUGCAAUGAAUCAGAGAUACCGCGUGGUAGAGACCACGACUCGACCGAUUCCGGUUAAUGAGCAGGUGGCACAGAACCGCGACAUGGAGCGGACGAUUGCGCAACAGGCUGAGACACUCACGGACCUCCGUCAGCAGCUGGAAGAGCAGGAACAGGAUGCUGCACGAAUGCGAGCAGUCGUUGCUGCCCGCCAGAAGCCUGCCCCAGCAACGGGAGGUAGCCCCGGCCCGUCAUCUUCCAACAGCUGGAGUACAGGAGCUGGUGCUGGUUUGCUGCACGCAACAGCGCAGCGCAGCAGCCCGCUGGCGACCACCAACGCGCCUGGGCCAUCGACGGCUCCAGUCGUGCUGGAGGGUGCGGCAAUCCCCCCUGUGCUCCUGGACCUAUCGUUUUUCAAGCAAAAGUGCAACGACGCGGUCAACUAUUUCAUAGCGGGAGCUCCAGCGAGAGAGCAGUCAUUUUACCCCACCCUGGCACAGCUUAGGCGCAAAGUGCAGGAGCUGUACGAGGACGUCGGGGUGCCUCUUGACAUGUUCAACCGGGUGAUGGCGGAGAACCCUGAGCGCGAGCGCAUCAUGCUGCAGAAGAUGUCGGAGCGCCGUUGCAACAUCUACGCGGUGGCCAAGCCUUACGCGCAUGGCCCUGGUGGCUAUAUCACCGAGAACAAAGUUGCAAUGCUUGCGAGCGAGAACAUUGCGCCAUCGCGUCGCCGCACGCCUGCAGAGUGGCACGCCCACUUUCGGGAUGGUGAGUUUUUUUUGUAG